AUGGCAGUGCUGUGUCGGCGCGGGCUGCCGCGCGGCGCCGUGUCGCGCGCCUUCAAUGCUGGCCUACUGCUGGACGCCUGCAAGCGACCUGACGCGGACCCUCCCCCCCACGUCAAAAUAUAUGGCAUACAUAGUGUAUGCCACGGUUGUGCCGGUAGUUCGAGUGACGAAAGACCAGAAUUAUUACAUUUACAUCUGCACGUUUUACAGAUAUACGUGGAGCUAGACAGCGCAGGCUGGCUGACGAGCGCCGGCGGUGGGGCCGAGGCCGGGGCCGGGGCCGGCGCCGGGCCCGCCGCGCUCUGCGUGCGCGCGCGCCUCGCCCCCACCGCACUGUGCGCCGGCGCGCUGCUGUCCCUGUGUCCGCCCGCGCCACAGUCGCCACAGUGGCGCCACUCGCCGCUGCCGCAGCCCGCGCUCGCAGCGCGCGGCGAGGCGCCGGUGUCCGUCUCCGCUCACCUUCGCCUGCACGUGACCGACCACUUAGCGCCGCAUGCAGAGUUUCUGUUGUGGUUUGCAGAGGACGUACUGGCCGCCCUGGACAUGCCGUUCCUGACCUUGCAAAAUAUCAGCGGCCGCAUCGACUACGCCUGUCACAAAUGUGGCACCACAUUCGACGAACCUAAUCCACUCAAGGUCCACAUGUUCCUAUCCUGCGCCGCCUACGAGCCCGAGCACUUCUGGCGCCGAGUCGUAGCACGCCUGAGGCCGGCCGAGUACGCGGCGCCCGGGCUGGCGCCCGCCGCGCUGGAGGCGCUGGCCACGGAGUGGGGCCGCGCGCGCGGGGGCCACGUGUGCGUGUACUGCGGCAAGUUGUACUCGCGGCGCUACGGACUCAAGAUCCACCUCCGCACGCACACUGGCUACCGGCCACUACGCUGCCGCCAUUGUCGGCGCCCCUUCGGCGACCCCAGCAACCUCAACAAGCACGAGCGCUUGCACGCAGCACGGGGCCGGGCCCCCACAUCGGGCCCCGCGCCGGGCUCCGCCCCGGGCCCCGCGCCGGGCCCCUACUGGUGCGCACAGUGCGGGCGCGCGUUAGCUCGGCGCCGCGACCUGGAGCGACACAUGCGCACGCACGCGCGAGACAAACAACAUGACACAUUCAGUGACACAUUCAGUGACACAUUCAGUGAUACGCUCAGUGACGCGCUGUGUGACACGCGCUCGGAGACGAGAGACUUGAAGUGA